AUGCUCCGUCAGAUCCACAAGAGUUAUCUUGGAAUAGCUAAAUGCAGGCAGUUAGCCAAAGAGGUACUAUUUUGGCUUGGAAUGUCAGUGGAAAUUGAGCAAAUGGUCACCAAUUGUAGUGUGUGUGCUGACUAUGGCAAGAAACAACCCUCUGAGCCACUAAAGCCCUCUGUGCCACCAUCACUUCCUUGGAAGAAGAUAGGAACCGACCUAAUUGAAUAUCGCGGAGAACAUUAUUUACUCUCUGUGUGCUAUCGCAGCAAAUUCCUCGACGUUACAAAGAUGGAAUCUUUAAGAAGUGGAGCUGUGGUAGAGGAGUUGAAAAGGCAGUUUGGGGUCCAUGGAAUCCCAGCAGAAGUGGUUUCAGAUAAUGGUCCCCAUUUCAGCUGUAGUGAGUUCCAGGAAUUUGCCAAAGAUUAUGGCUUUAAGCAUACCACCACAUCACCACAUUACCCCAAGGCUAAUGUAGAAGUGGAGAGAGCUAUCCAAACUGUCAAGGAGUUGUGA